AUGGAUCUCAAGGGGACUAAAGAAGCUCGCGCGCAGGAGGAGGGUGCCGACGGCCCGCUGGAUGCUUAUGGCGCUAGCAGCGGCCGCUCAAAGGAAUUCCGUAAGAGCGAAAGACGCGAUUCUCAUAGCCAUGAGAACUCAUCCAACGUGAACACAUUUCGUCGCCAUCAGCCACCAUUUGCAUAUCCGCCCGGCACCCGCAAACCCGGCGCAGCCUCGCGAUCGGGAUCGGGAUCGACAUCUAGCGCUGCACCCCGGCCCCGAGACCGAGACCCAUCGCCUUCCCCAGAAGCCAUCAGUAUCCCGCACGCACUAGGCCUCAGCUCACGCGACCAACGGCUCCUCUGCAGAGCCCGCCGCCAGCCUCCCGUUACGAAGCGUACACUGAGCGAACUCGAUCUGCCCUGUAUCAUGAGCAAUAUUAACCUUCGGAUGGACGCCAACUUCGACCGCGAUCUGCACUUCAAGCCCGAUCUGGACGGCGAAAAGGGAAAGCGAAAACGGAAAGAAGCUAACGACUACUGGGACUCCAUGGCUAUGGAGAUUGCAAUUUACGCGUACCGCGCCGCGAAUCCCGAUGACGACGCCGAUGAGAAGAGCUCUCGGGAUAGCAACUCUAAGCGCGUAUUCGAGCCUCGACUGCCUGCCAUGUUCGAAACAUUGCAAGAAGUCAUCAAAACUCUAGUACCGGAGCGCGACCAUCCUAGCGUCAUGCAGAAUCUCGAAGUACCCCUGCUCAUGCAGCAGGUCCGCAAGGGUGUGCUCGAUAUGGUGGCACUGGCAACGUGGAUGGCGGCUUUAUUGAAGACGCAUUGCGCACCGAUGCGCGAUGAAUGGGCUGACCGGAUGGUGGAUCAGAUCACUGAGGGUUCCCAGUCGCAGGAGCCGAAGCAAAUUGUCAAUGGGCUGCAGACGCUAUUUGCUAUCUUGGAGGCUAUGAAACUGGACGUCAAGGAUGUGGCAAAUCACCAAAUACGCACGUUCCGCGUUCUUCUCAUCGAGGACACAGUCCCAUUUCUGCAAGAGUACUUCGAAGGCAAAAUUAGCCGUGGCAGUUUUCAAGUGGAGCCCGCCAGAAUUUGGUAUCUCGCAGCACGGGAGCGGGUUCAGAAAGAAGAUGAAGCAAAGGAUCCAAACACAGCACAAUCGGAUGAUACGUUCAAGCCCCUCGAAGCCCUGUUCCGGGGCAUAUCAGACCAGCUUCUCCAGUUUAACCCGCCGGCGGAUUACCCGGAGACAUUUCUCUUUGAUACAGAUCGGCUGUGGCAACUGCGCUCGACGAUUCAGAAUCUCAUCAACCUUGAAAUUGCGUGGUAUAUCUUCGAGUCUUACGUCCAUACCCAGAAGCGGUAUCUCUCUGCCCGUGAUGAGACAUACUCCACUUUCCGCUCGCGGAUAUGGUCGCUUAUGGAGGAUGAACUGAGCUCUGAUGGACGGAGUGCCAGCGAAGAUGAGGACCCUGAUCUCCGUGGCAGCAAGCGCUGGCUACAGAACAUGCGCUGUAUUGCGCUGGAAAUCGCUCGGUUUGCAUGUGCCGCAUGCUGUCUGGACGUGGUCGUAGCUGACGAGGUCAUCGCCCCGAUCGAGGAGGCCCUCCUGUGGCACCUAUCCAACGAGUCCGAGCUUUUCCGCUACUUCCAGAACACCAUGCGGGAAAAGGUACUGACCGCGACACUUGCUUCUGCUCGGAGAUACUUACCACUCUCGCCGCUGGCUAUCUGCGAGUCCCAGCGCACGACGCCUCCACCGUCCACUGCGAACGGUCCUGCGCUCAACCCUCCGUCGUCCGCGGUUUCUGCUCCUCCGACAUCUUCAGCCUCACCAUCGCAAGCUAUGUCUGCACAGCAAUAUGACAUUGAACGCAUUGGCAUGCGCCUUGGCCACAUAGGUGUCCUGCACUGGCGGGUAUGGGCAUCGCUUCUAUACCUGCGAGAAGAGAUCGCCGACUCGAAAAGCGAGCAGCCGGCAUUUAUUUAA